CACCAACUCACAUCGCAAUAUUACAGCUCUACCUUCGGCGAGAAAGAGAGAGAUCGACUACACCCAUUUCGAUAUUUGAUUCUCUCUCAUUUCCUGUGAUCUGAAACAGGGCACCCACCACCACUGCACAUCGCGCCACCGUCUAUUUUCGGUGAGGAGACGACCACUAGGAUACAAUGGUACGCCAUCUGUUAGCUUGUUUUGGUAAGGGUGGGUCCAAGAACGAAGACGGAAAUGGGAAGAGUAGUGGGGCAGUCGAUUCGUCGGGAGAUGGACCGGUCGUAGUGGAGUUGUUCUCGUCACAGGGAUGCGCGACAUCGCCGCAGGCAGAGGUUCUGAUAUCGAGGCUGGGGAGGGGAGAUUUUCAAUUGGAGGUGCCGGUGGUGGUGCUGGCUUAUCACGUUGAUUAUUGGGACUACAUGGGAUGGAAGGACCCUUAUGGUUCCAGCCAAUGGACUGUGAGGCAAAAGGCUUAUGUAGAGGCAUUGAAGCUUGACACCAUGUUUACGCCACAGGUGGUGGUUCAGGGGACGGCCCAGUGUGUGGCGAGCGAUCAGGAUGCUUUGCUGUCGACCAUUUCUAAUGCACCCAGGUUCCCUUCUACGGGCUUCAAGGCAACUUUCCAGAGACCAACAUCAGAGUCCUUGCAAGUGUCCCUCUCCGGAACUUUGAGGACAAAGAUAGACAACAAUGGUGUCAAUGUCAUGUUGGCAUUGUACGAGAGUGGGUUGGUGAACGACUGCCCCAAGGGGGAGAACAAAGGGAAAGUCCUGGCCAAUGACUUUGUGGUGAGGAGGCUUGAGAAGGUCUGCACCGUCAAAGGCAUCUCUGCCAAGAAGACAGUGACCGGAACCGUUACCCUUGCUCUCUGGGAUGGCUUCAAUGGCGAUAAAUGUGGAGUUGCUGUCUUUCUUCAAAAUGGUGCCCAUCAAAUUUUCGGUUCACAGAGCUUCCUAUUGCCAGAUGAUAUAUAAGAUUGGAUUUGAUUUCUAAAGUAUGUGUUUUUCUGGCUAUUACAACUCCUAGGCACUUUAUGUACAGGAUGUGUUAUUAGGUUUAUUCAUUUUUACCUCUUAACAUUUAUUCUUUGUAUCUUUCAAUUCCCUUUCUUUCAUAUAAAAAUUACUAGUCAGAUGAAAACUGUAUUCUUCUCCAUCCUGAAAACUUUGCUUGCAAUACCCACUGUACCUGAAUGCAUAACUAAAAUUGUUGAAUGAAGAAUAGGCUCCUGAUAUAUUGAGGCUUUCUUCUAAUUCAGCUGUACAUGUUUUUCAGUCUGAUAUAACCCAAACCACAAGAAAGGAUUGUCUUCUAC